CAUUUCAUUAUAGUGUACAUAUACAUUCAUUCAUUUAUUCCAAGAGAAAAAAAUUCCUUGUCACUAUAAAAGACUUUGGUGUUUAGGUUUAGUUAUGCAGUCUGCAAGUAUUCUUCAAACUCUCUACUUCAAAAUGAAAUUUUUAGCUUUGACCAUCUUUGUUUUCUUGUGCUUGGCCGCUUUUGUUGCAGCUGUACCCGCUGAUGAAUCAUUGCCUGGUGAUCUUUAUGAUCAGGAUCAAUACAGUGCACAAAAUCCUCAAUCUUUCUUCAAAUUGAAGAAAAUCAAGAAAUUGUUGUUGGGUUAGAUUUUUAAACUGUAUCUGUAUAUUAUUAUUAAUACUAGUCCUUCUUCUACGUGUCCAUUUUUAUUAAAAAGACGUAAUGUCAUUUUCAUCUUGUGAAUAAAGAAAUAUUAAGUACAAAAUUUAA